AUUCGACCUCGAGAAUGGCUAGCAUUAUCGAUUUUAACAAAUCGAUUUUAACAAAUAAUAUUGAAAAGAUAUAAACUAUUAAUUGAUAAAAUACCUUAAUUAUGUUAAAUGAUAAAACGCGGGUAGUUUAUGUGACUGCUGCGGAAUAACCAUUGUGCGGAAACAAAGUGUUUUGAACAUGGCAACAUCAACAUGCAAUGACUCGGCUUCAGAUCAGGCGGACAAUAAGCUUUUUGUGGCGGCCAUAGACGUUGGAUCUUCGUUUUCUGGUUGGGCAUUUUCCUCUAUUUCGGAUUUAGAACAGGCAAAAACAAACAUUCAUGUAAAGUCUUGGUAUUCAACAUACACUUCAUAUUCCACUGGAAAAACACCAACAUGCGCCUUGAUAAAACCAGACGGUGAAACACUGGACUCGUUCGGCUAUGAGGCAGAAAGAAGAUAUGAUGAAUUAUUAUCCAAAAACCAACACGAGAAUUAUUUCUUCUUUAAACACUUCAAAACUCGUCUGUAUGUAAAGUAUAAUGAGCCGUUGAACACAGGAAUGAAGCUUGUUGACCAAUUGGGAAAGGUGCUUCCAGCAAUAAAAGUAUUUUCAGCAAGCAUUUGGUUUUUAGCAAAGGACAUGUUUUCUGAUUUAGAGAAAAGAUUUCAGGAUAUUCGACUGGGAGAUAUAAGAUGGGUUAUUACUGUCCCUGCCAUCUGGACAGACCAAGCAAAAUAUUUGAUGAGAGAAUCUGCUUUGCAAGCAGGAUUACCAUCGAACAGUAUAGUUAUUGCUCUUGAGCCAGAAGCUGCGUCAGUUUAUUGUCGGCAACUUGAUGUGUGUGCUGUUAAUAGAGACACGGGUGUUAUGUUAUCUUCCCUGGAGGUUGGAAGUAAAUACCUCGUGUUAGACGCUGGUGGUGGAACAAUAGAUUUAACAAUACACGAAAUUGCUCCUUCAAAUCGUGUAAAACAAGUUGUUGUUUCAAGUGGAAAUAUUUUUGGUGGAAAUGAAGUGAACAAUGAGUUCGAAAAGUUCUUAAAAACUGCUCUUUCUGAUGAAAAGUAUGAACAAUUUAAAAAAUUUGAAACUGAAGAUUGGUUGUUUUUAAUGGGCGAAUUUGAAGUGAAAAAGAAAUCUUUUAAUCCAGAAAAUACCGAUUGUGUGAAUAUGAGAUUUCCGCAAAGUUUGAAAGAUAUAUAUGAAGCAGACAACCGAAAAACAAUUCUACGAAAAGUCAAAAAGACAAAAAAAAUUGAAAAGGCCUUGAACCGGACGGGCUUUGGCAAAGACAUUAUAAUCAAACGAGACAAAAUGUCCUUCCCAUCAGAUGUUUUCGUCAAGUUCUUCGGACCUGCUGUAGAAAUGACAAUACAACAAAUGAAAAAGGUAUUAGGAAACAUGCUUGUAGGAUCAAUAUCCUGCAUCUUAAUGGUAGGUGGCUUCUCUGAAUGUAUCCUUUUGCAGCAAGUUGUAAAGUCUGAAUUUGCUAACAUUCCUGUUAUUGUACCAGUAGAGGCGUCAACUGCAGUGCUUCAAGGGGCGGUUUUAUAUGGAUAUAAUCCACCUGUUAUUCUAGAGAGGGUGGUGAAAUAUACAUACGGUGUUGCAGGUAGUUCAGAUUUCAAACCGGAUAAACACCCUAUAGAGAAGCGUUUCGUCACUGAUUUUGGAGUUCAGUGUAACGAUAUAUUCUCAAAGCAUGUUACUCGAGGAGAUUUAGUAAAAUUUGACACGCAGCACAAGAAACGGUAUUUCAUACAGAAUCGAAAUCAGAACAAGGUACAAAUUGAUAUAUAUGCAUCAGAACUUUCAAACCCGAGAUUUACUACAGACAAAGACUGUCAUGUUGUUGGUAAGAUCAUCCUAGACUUAUCUUGCACAGAUGAUAUACGUAAUAACCCAAUAGAAGUUACAUUUGCGUUUGGAGGCACAGAAAUUACUGUAACUGCCGAAGAAGCAAAAUCAGGGAGAAAAGUUAGUACAGUUGUCAGUUUUCUUGAAUAAGAUUGACACGAUUGACGUGAAGAGACAGAAUAAUAUUUUGUCAUCAACACUUCCGUGGAUUAAGGUUAAGACUUAAUAAGCAGAAAACUAACUAUAUAUUUCACAUUCCAUUUAAUGUAUUCGAAAGUAAUUUGGAAGUCUCUGUUCAGUUGUGUUUGUGCAUAAACGUAGAUAAUAAAUGAUAACUAUUACGAACUUAGAAAAAUCCACGUAUUCAAAUAUAUUCAAAUACUGUUGACAGAAUUGCUAUGAUAAAGAUAUUUCACCUAGUCAUCUUGAGUCAGGUGUCAAACAUCUGAGAAACAUUGGUAUCAGCUUAGCCUUUUUUAUUUCACAAUUUAAAUACGAUUUGUUAUUAUUCCAAAUUCAUGAUUAUUUGUGACGGAUAGUAGUACAAUUUGAAAGUAGGUUACCUCAUUCUUGGCACCGAACUUGAAGUUAAAAAAAAAAACAGAACUUCAACAGGAAGCUAAAAAUAUAAUACGGAAAACCCAAACAUUUAGAUUUGUAUAACAUUAUUUCUGGGCGCAUACUAUGAUAGAAUAUUGAAAAUUGAGACAAUCAUCAUUAAUCGUAGGUUUACUAGUACCUUAAUUCGUAAGCAUGUUUAUCGGAAGUUAGGGUCUAAAUCAUAUAGUUCUGUUAUUGAGUGUGAAGGCGUAGUCUUUGACUUAUUGCAGCAAUUAUUUGUUAAUAUUCAGUGGUAUGGAUAAAUUUCAAACAAACCUAUGUUUUCCUAAGGUAAGGAUAUUUGAAAAUGUCUAGCCACAUAUGUUUGCUUAUUGUAGCUACUACAUGAAAGACGAAAUAUUGUGUAACACAUAUAUGGUAUUCAUUUUUAUAUGAAUUUGCAAUACAUUUGCAUCGGAUUUUAGGCACGACAAACCAUUGUAUGCCAUUAAAAUGAUAUUUUUAGUAAAUCGACACAUAAUAUAACAUUUACAACAAAUAAACCACCUACAUAUUGCAUUUAAUUUCGUUUUUAAAGACCAACAUCGUGUAGUUUGUGUCAUUUGUCACUUGAAAACCAUUUUGUGUAAACUCGUU